AACAUGGCGGACCUUGACAAGCUUGGGCAGUUUUGACCCUGGGAAUUUUCACAAUAAAAGACUCCUGUCAACAGCACCUCACCCUGCCGCCAGACAGAAUGGAUGAACCACCAAGUCAAUACUUGAUGUCUCCUGUUGACCCACUUGAUACCCCAAGGACUAAACAACUUAAAGACCUGAGACAGAAAAGACUCGCCUAUUACAAUACUCCUGUGAGCAGUACACAAAAUGCGACUCCAGAACAGAAGAAAAGCUCUGCAAAAACCCAAGAGAGGUUAUCUGCUGUCCUCCCAAAACAGCAAUCAAGAUCACCAAGACUUUCAUCCACAUUGAUUGGACAAAGAGCUCCCGGGCCUGGCAACAGAAGCAAAGAACUUAAACAAUCGGUCUCAGCAUCGAACAACGCUCGCCAAAGCUUACAGAAAAACAACUCUGAAAAAGCUUCGUUAACAAUGUCUAAUGUAUUCAUUGAAGAUGACAGUUCAGUGCUUGACGCCGACUCAAGUUUGUUCACAGAGCCAACUGUCACUGACUAUACAAACUUUGAUGAUGGGAAUUGCAGGAGUCAUCAUCAGAAUGGAAGGACUUCCGAUUCAAAUGAUCUCAGGCUUUCUCUUGGUUCAACUAUUCUUGACACAAAGAAUCGAGCUGGGGUACAGAAAGGAGUAAGCGGCCCCAAUGAUAUGGAUCUGAGGCUUUCAUUAGGGUCUUCCAUUACGGGAACCAAGGCGAAGAAGAAGAACUCGGACCCUGAAGAUCUUCACCUGUCUCUUGACUCAACAGUUGUCCAACAAAAUCCUUGGAAAAAGAACGGUUCUGCGAAGUAUGAUCUUAGAUCGUCAAUCGGAUCAUCGACUGCUGUCGAAGAGACAGGGAAUAUCUUUUUGAAGGGCGGCCAGAAUGUUGAUUUUGGUUCGUCGUUUGAUUCUACGCUAGUGGACACCACGCCAUCUGGUGUUGCAGACUAUCCCCAGAGGCUUAUCAUGCAGGAACAACCAACUCGGAAUGUUGCACAACUUUCUCUGGAUUCAGAGGUGGAAUCUGAUAAUACUCAUCCAUUUGCUUUCAAUAAGUUUCUCAUGAACAGUGACCAGUCGGAUCUGCGUUCAUCAAUAGAAUCUGGUACGACUGCUGCGAAUACUUAUUUCAAUUCAAUCUUGAAACAUGAUACAUUUGAAACAAGUGAUACUCAAAAUGCAGAGGAAGGCAAGGUUGCUGUCAACAAAAGCGUGACAUUUUUUCUCGAAGAAGGUGAAGACGAAAAUGGGAAUGGGGAACCUGCUGCUGCUAGGGAAAACCAGCCUGAUCUAGUUCACCAGCUGAUGAAAGAUCACCAACAAAAAUUUGAGCCAAAUCAGUUUGGAUUGACUGAUUCAAUGCAGUCAAGUUUAGUUACAGGGGUGGAUAAUCAUUCUGACGUCAACUUCGUGAAAAUAAGCAAACAUUUUGUGAAUUUGGAUGACUCUUCCAUUGUCACGGGAACUGAAUCGGAAAUUCAGUCGAGCAUUGCUCCACCAUCCUAUGACCAGAUUCACCAGCAAGGAGUACGUGUUUCCGGGAAGUCACAGCCUCUGUUUGCCUCACAGACUAAAAAUGUGAUUCCCAAGACGUCCAGUGCAUCCCAACCUAUCCUGAAUUCUCAAAACCUAAAGCAAAAUGGAAGUAGUACUCAAGUGGCUGUGGGGUCUUCCCAAAAAGAAAUGGAUGGACAUUCAAGUGUUCUUGACACAGACAUUUCUUCAGUGGUUGGGUUAGACAACCAGUACAAAGAGGGGUACAUCAAGGGCCUACGCAUUGCUCUUGGCGAGGAGAAAUUCCAGGAGAUGCUUGACAACUCAUCCGAGUUGCAAGAAAUCUUGAGCACUUUGGACAAAGUCGCCCAAGUAGAUGGUAAGCCUGGACAAAAAAAGACCACUGUUGAGAAGCAAAUUCCACAUAAGUCCUCAGCUACUCAGAUGUGUGAAGACCAAGGGACAGUGAUAUCUGAUGUCCUGACUGAUGUAACACAGGAUUUUAGAAUGCGGAACCAAGUUCCAGUCAAUCAGGGUCAAGAGCAGGUCCAGUUUGGCAACUUUGAUGCUAGAAUCAACCUGCCAAGUGACAAGACUAUCCACAGGGCCCCUCCAGAAAUGAAUAAUAAUGUGGCAUGGUUCAAAGGACAGCAUUCUGCACAGAUUGCACAGCCAAAACCACUGAGAAAAUCCACACAAGGUUCCCGGAGCAGGGAUGUUGAUGUUCCAGACAAAACACAUGUUGGUUUGAAUUCCCAAGUCCACCCUGACAUGAGACUCAAUAUAAUGGAAGAAUUUGAGCAUAUUGAUCCGUCUGUAUUGAGCCCAACAUUGAGCUCCCCCUAUAGUUACCGUGCCGAGGACAGAAGUAAAUCAAGAACUGGUGUCCUUACAAUGAAAGCUCCACCAGUCCAAGAUGGUGGACAACGGACACCGAGGAUCAAGAAAUGCGCAUUCUCUGCUGAAGAAAUCUAUAAACAGGCUUUCGCUGAAGCGGAGAAUUUCUUGAACGACGCAAAAAAGACUCCAGAGCCCCCUGCUCCUGCACCGAACACGAAACAUUACCCGUAUGGAUUCCGUGAACCAACCCCACCAAGGAAGUCGAGAGAAACGCCGACACAUUCUCAUUUUCAUUCGCGGCCAGUUGGACCAGUGCCACAGAAGUCGGGCUCAGAAACUGGCAGGUCAUCAGGUCCAUCGGAGAUCAUUGGGACUGGUCCACCUAAAGUGCUGAGUCAGAGUGACUUUGAGAGUCGAUCGUCAGAUACUGGGCUGUCGCAGGAGGACCACAUGAAGGCUGUGAGGGACCAUCAUCAAUAUCAGAGAGAUGCAAUCAUUCGCCAAGUAACAGAACAGCAGAAGAAACCUGGUUACACCAGCAGCUCAUUGGAUCGUUACUUCUCAUCUCUCCGUGAUGUCAAUAAGGAUGUCGCCUUCGAUCCCAUCCCGGAGUGGAGCGAUGUUGCGCCAAAUCGUGGUGGGAGAAGUAACCGUGCCACAGAGGAUGUUCGACUGUCUCACAAAGUUUUCAGUGCAAUAAGGGAGUCUACUCCACAGUCUUCUUUAGAAGAUGAGGUCUCCGGUGAUUAUGAGAACUAUUUCCUCCAGGUCGUCAGGAAGAGUUUGCAGGACUCAUCGGUGUUUUUAGACGAUAGGUCGAUGGACCAGUUCCUAAGUAACAUCAGGGGCAAGUCUGAUAAUGUUGAUGACUUCAUGAGGAAUCUUCAGCAAAGCUUAGACUCCGAUCGAUUUCAAGAAUUGGUGAUGAAAAGUGGUGAGUUUGAAAGUGAAUCUGAUGGAACCAAGAUGGCUGCUUCCUCUGAAUCGGACGUUAGCAAGGUCAAUAAGAUGCGCCAGAGUCAGAAAAGUCUUGGGAAAUCCACAGAUUAUGAUGGUGAGACGUUAUAUACGUCUGUGAGCGGUGUCACUGAUAAGUUUGACAGGUUGCAUCUCGAUAGGAUGCUCGUACGCGAUGAGUUAAUCGGUGAUCAAAGUAAACUCAAUGUGUUACAGCCUGUCAGGCAAGGAAACUCCGAAACAGAACAGAUGGCAUUUGAUGGUGAAAAUGGUCAGAGGAUGGUCGUAGUGUGUCCAGACUGCGCAACUUUGAACAAACAGUAUGUUACAUGGUGUCUUGACUGUGGGUGUGUUCUCAUUGGUGUUGACCCUGUUCCGCUGAAACCUAAAAGACAAUCGAAGAGAAGUAAGGAGAAAUCUCAGAAACCAAACAGCCGUCCUGGUAGUGGUACUCGUUCAACUAACGCUGCACGACCUGGUAGUGCCAAAGCAAAUUCUCGACCUGCCAGUGCAAAAGAUGUUAAAAGUUCUCGACCAGGUAGUGCUAAAAAGUCAACCAGAAGAGAACCAGAACAGUUGAAAUCACGAAAAGUUUCGAAAAGUCUUGGAAAGUCGUCAGAUGAUAAUAGUAAUGAUAGCAGCAGUGGAAGUGGUCAAGAUAAGAAGAAAAAAGUGGUUGAAAAAUCAUCAAUUUCUCCUUCGCCGCUUCGUAAGAGUAAAGAAUUGUACCGUAGUAAUUCUAAAGAGGCGACAUCUAAAGUUGGUCACUCGGGGUCCAUUCAAAAUGGUAUUUUAAAACCUGUGCCGCAGCAUAAACCUGUUUUGCACGACCAAGUUCAACAAGCGAUUGAAAUAUUGCACCAUGGGAUGGAGUCACCAAAAGCUCGCCAUUCAAAUUUGAAAAAUGAACUCUCCUUACAGUUAUCCAUGAGCAGUUCCAUGGACACAGGAUUGAAUGGUGAAAACGGGAAAGUUCACGGCUUGAAGAAAGGAAAUCCGUUGGGUGCGAGUAUCAGCAGUGACUUUCAGGAGGUUGAAAUAUUUGAACGGAAAAUGGACAUUGAUCUAAGGCGACAAAGCCGGCAAGAUGCAGAAGUCCCGACGAUUAAUUUGGCGAACUUGAGUGACGAGGAGAAGCCAGUUGGUGACGCUAAUGUUGGAGGUAAUAUCCCGAAUUUUAUUGCAUUGGAUGAUGAUUCGACAAUCGUCGACGAAGAAGACAUGUCAACUCUUGCAGACGUUUCAACAGUGACUGAUCGCAUUGAAGACCAGCGCCACCUGGAUCAAAACGUACCUGACGAGGAACUAAGCCAUCAAGAAUUUCUCGCACGGAUACAGCGGGAUGGUCGUGUGAAAAAAGUGCCAGUGCCCACCCCCAGCAGCAGUAAUGCUAACAACAGUCGGCCAAAAUCUGCAGGGAAAUAUCGGACUGCGGCUAGUAUGGUUGAUCCACCAAAAGGACGCCCUGUCUCUGCAAGUAAAGUGAGGACUUCCAUUGAAGUUGAUCCUUACAAAAGACACUGGGACAGGUCAAGCACAGCUUGGGGAUCGUUUGCUGCUAAUGAGCUAAACACUUGGUCGAGCACGAACGCGUCAAAUCUACCACCAAAGAAAAGACCAAUUAGUGCAAAGACGAGAAAGCCUGGUGUUGGGGACAAAACACUUGCAGAUGAGCACAGGAAAACAACAAGACCAGCGAGUGCUGGGCAAAGAGCGAGACCAACCUUAGCUGGUGACCAAAGAAACACCAGACCUAGCUCUGGUCCAUCCCAGAAGAUCAUGUCUCGCAUGGCAGAGAGAUUGGCAGAGCUCAACUCCGACCCGUUGACACGACCUCAGGUUGUUGAAGCAUGGACAGCUGCGGAACAACCGGUUGUUGUGAAGCCGAAGGUCCCGCAUGUGUACCAUAAUGCUGAACCCAUGACAUCAGAGACUUAUGUACAUCACAUUGCAAUGAGUCCCAGAGUAGCCAGAGGCAUGGUAUCUUUCCUCCUCUGCCUCCCAGAUGAACUCCUCCUUCAUAUACUCUCCUACCUCAACCAUCAAGAUCUCACCCGCGUUGCUCGCACUUGCUCUCAGAUGUACAGGAUUACUCAAGAUGAAACACUUUGGAAGCACAUCAUGAUUCGUAACAAGUCCAAUCUGCAUGAUGACCAUCUCGAUGAGAUUGGAAGCCGCUCUCCUCUGUCCAUAUGUCUCAUCCAGUGCUUGGGAGAUAACAUCACGAGUCGUGGCCUACGGAACUUAUUCCGGCAUUGUGCUGAUACCCUGCAGGAGCUGAACAUCAUGGGCUGCUCUCGCGGUGAACUCACCGGUGACAACAUCAUCUUCCACGCUGCUGCAAAGUGUCAAAAUCUGACUCAUGUCGAUAUGAGUUGGACCAACGUCAACGAUACUGUCCUCAUCUCGAUGGCUAAUUGUAGCAGGAGGCUGGUUUCUCUCAAUAUCUCUGGCUGUCAGGCGAUCACCGAUGACGGCUUAAUUGGUGUUGUGAAGAAGCACGGGGACAGCUUGCGUUCCAUUGAAGCAUUUGGCUGUUUCAAUAUUACUCCUAAAGGCAUCAAAGCACUGGGACAGUACUGUAGAAAACUUGUAACUCUCAACAUUGGACAGUGUUACAAAGUGACUGAUGCCAGCGUGUCACAACUGGCCUCAUCAUUGGAAAAGGUGAAACACCUUGACUUCAGGGGUUGUAAGCAGGUGAAGGAUAGCUGCAUGAGAAAGAUUGUGCGAAGUUGUAAGAAUCUUGAGUCCAUAACUCUUGCCAACUGUCCAGGUGCCACAGACUUGUCACUUGUAGAAAUAGCCACAUACUUGCCUAGCAUCAGAUAUGUUGAUAUGAGUGGAUGUAAACUCGUCACCGAUGUUGGCAUGCGAUCCAUCGCCCACAACUGCUACUUGGUGGAGCAUCUUGAUCUCAGUUCGACUGGCGUCACAAACAAAAGUGUGUCACUUCUUGCAAGCUACUGCAGCCAAAGACUUCAAGUACUGAAACUGAACUUCUGCAAAGACAUCACUGAACAGGGUCUUGUCAAACUCGCAAGAAACUGCAAAAGAUUGAAACUGAUGCAUUUGUACGGCUGUAAGAAUAUUCGCAACCUGGAUAGGAUCUUGAUGGAGAAUAAGGAUCUGAUCAUUGAACGUGACGCAACGGAAUGAAAUUUUUUCUCACAUACUCAGUCUAUCGUGUUGUGUAGAGAGGACAAACCAUCCAGGAUGCCGCCCGUGAUGCAUAAUACUGAGAAAUGAUAAACACUGGUCUUUGUUCAUUAUUUAUAGUACUAUAGACGCACAACCUCAGUUUUACUGGAUUGAGACAUUCAGUGCAUCGGAACUGAGGGAAACGAUGAUCUCAAGUGGAUGAAGAGGGAGACGCUUAUUAACAAAUUCCGUCCUUAACAACACUGCUGCUGAUCUCUUGAAACAGAUGUUUCCAUCUAGUUUUUACCGAUGCAUAAAUUCUUCACCUGUGGUGACACCAGGAGAAGUACCGUCCAUAAUCAUGUUAAUGUUGCUAACUGUGUUUGCUUUUUGAAGAGUAUAUUUUUCUAACAGUUUAUCUUUUUUGAUGUAAAAGGGCUGUUUCAGUUGUUAAUAUUUCCUGAAGGCUCGACACCCCAUUUAAGUUUUGACAUUCCUCAAAAUUUCUCUCAGCACUCUUGAACCACCCUUUGUAAUUUGUCAUCACGCAUGUAAUCAUGUUAUUAUGUUGUGAUAGUUUUAAAAUGUACCGGCUGAUAUUUUAUUGUACUCUGAUUGUACAUGUACACUAUAAAUUAUAGCCCAUGAACUCUAAAUUGAUGCAUGAACAAAAUUUGUAUAGAGAUUCUUGAUAGAAACCUGUGAUAUAUUUAUCGUGCUUCCUAUCAUAUCUGUUUGUUAUCCUAUAAUAUCUGUUUGUUAUUUACACCUUUCAGAAUUCUAACGGACCAUUUAUUUAGAUGUAGAAUAGAUUUCCUCAUGAUUUUGAAUAUGAUAACGUAUAUCCAUUAGUCAUAUUUGGCGUGUGAUGGGGGGGGGGGGGGGGGAGGGGUAUAUGAUGUUGUUUGAUGUUGUCUGGGCAAAAGUUGUUUCCUUUCUGUUUUCGGUCAGGAUCUCUGAAAAUGUGUAUCUGUGAGGUUUAUAGAGGGAAACACGACCUGUCUGAGUUAUAGUCAUGACUUGUGUGGUGUGCAAUAUCUAGAGAAAAAAACAUCUUCAGAAAACUUUGUUGUUAACCAGAUAUUGUACAAGUGACAAUGGACUAUUGAUGAGAUUGUUCUAUUGGUAUUGCUAAAUGUCUGCGUGGGUUGAAAUAAUGACAUCGGCCAACGGGAACUUAAUUCCUGCCUAGGCUUCGAGAUCUUGCUUGCAUUUAGUGGCAAAACAAUAAUGCACUGGUUUACU